UAUAAACACGUCAAUAGAAAACUUCGGAAAAAUACAUUUUUAUUCUUAUUUUAGAAUCGUAGUUAUAUUGUGGGUAACCCAGCACCAAAAACUGUUUUUCCUGUAUAAGUAAGGCUAAAUAAAUUAAAUAAUGUCUGUACCAAAUCCAGCGGUUGGAAGUUCUGAAGUGUUGGUGGAAAACAACCGGCGAAUAGCACUGUUAACCGGUAUUACCGGUCAGGAUGGUUCUUAUUUGGCGGAAUUCCUGCUGAAGAAAGGCUACGAGGUUCAUGGUAUUAUUCGUCGGGCUAGCACAUUUAAUACAUCUCGUAUCGAGCAUUUAUACGCUGAUCCGCAUACCCAUAAGCAAGGCAAGAUGAAGCUACAUUAUGGCGAUAUGACUGACAGCAGCUGUUUGGUAAAAAUCAUUGCUAGCGUGCGACCGUCCGAGAUCUACAACUUGGCAGCUCAGAGUCAUGUUAAGGUUUCGUUUGAUUUGAGCGAGUACACUGCUGAGGUUGAUGCCGUUGGGACCCUCCGGUUGUUGGAUGCCAUCAGAACAUGUGGUUUAGAGAAAAGUGUUCGAUUCUAUCAAGCGAGUACAUCAGAAUUGUACGGAAAGGUGCUGGAAACACCACAGAAUGAGAAAACUCCAUUCUAUCCACGGUCACCGUAUGCCUGUGCGAAAAUGUACGGCUAUUGGAUUGUGGUGAAUUACCGGGAGGCCUACGAUAUGUUUGCCUGCAAUGGUAUUCUGUUCAAUCACGAGUCUCCGAGACGUGGAGAGAAUUUUGUGACUAGAAAGAUUACACGCUCGGUGGCAAAAAUCUAUCUCAAUCAACUGGAGUGUCUGGAACUGGGUAAUCUGGACUCCAAGCGCGAUUGGGGACACGCUCAAGACUAUGUGGAAGCCAUGUGGUUAAUGCUACAACAGGAUCAACCUCAGGAUUAUGUGAUUGCAACUGGCGAGUGUCACUCGGUACGCGAGUUUUUGGAGGAAUCGUUCAAAUUCAUCGGUCGGGAUAUAGAAUGGCGUGGAAGCGGUGUGGGGGAAGUUGGUGUUGAGAAGGGCACCGAGAUAGUGCGAGUUCGGGUCAAUCCGAAGUAUUUCCGUCCGAGCGAAGUGGACUUUCUGCUUGGAGACGCCAGCAAAGCUAAAGCCGAAUUAGGAUGGACACCGAAGGUGACCUUCCUAGAACUGGUGGCCGAUAUGAUGAAAGCGGAUAUUGCACUGAUGCAGAGGAAUCCUAGCGCAUGAUCCGGUAGAAAACAAAAUUAUUCUAAACUUCAUUACAAUAACAGUAUGGUCAGAUUAAUAGCAAAAGCAUUAAUCGGAACAUGGGUUUAAGUCUUGUAACUAACAUGAGUAGAUCAACAUUCCUAAUUUCACAUUUUUUCGAAGAUUUCCAAAAACUAAGCAUCUUUUUGGUAUGGUUGAUACCAAUAGAAAACUAGUUAUUUUAUUUCUAAUUUU